UUGUGUGCGCGAGAUGGGAGAUGUUGGUGGCCAUGGCACGAGUAUUCGACUCUCUUAUCACAGCCAGCUGAGCGCGGCCCACAGGCUGGCUUGGCUUGUCGCGCCGCAGCAGACGGGCAGUUGUGCUCGCGGCUACCAGAGGAUGGCCACCAAGUUCGCCAUCCUGCUCGGCCUUCUGGCCGCCGUCUCGCAAGCGACCGGCGACUGCGAGUCGAGGCACUUUCAGUGCAGGGACGGCAGCGGGUGUGUUCCCUUGUUCUUGAGGUGCGACGGUAUCAGUCACUGCAGCGACGGCUUCGACGAGGAGGCCUGCGACGCGCUGCCCACGGUGGCCCUGCCGGCCAACGCCUCGGUCACGGCCCGUGUGCAAUUCGCAACGGCACACGACUCUUUCGAGCUGCACCUGUGCGGCGGCCAGCACUGCAGCAGGGUGUUACUGUGGGGCGAGGGCAAAGACGGCACGCUGAGAUACGAGACUCAAACGAGCUGCAACCUCUGUGGCAGGCGAUGCAGCAACCGCGUAAAGACCCACAUUGAAGGCAGCUAUAUCCUCCGCCCCGGCGAGGUGGUGCUGGAGGUGCAGCACCGGCCCGGGCAGCUCGCCGUGUGGCGGCAGGGCCGGCCGGACGACGUGGUGGAGGUCCCCGUGGGGGCGGACUACGGCACGCUCAGGGUCAGGCCCUACUACUGGGGCACCGACAUGCCCGUGCGGUACACUGGGGACAGCCUGCCCGCGUCCGCAGCGCCCUCUGUCACGGCCUCUCCGGCCGCAGCGCCCGCCGAGUGCGAGUCGGGGAAGUUGAAGUGCAAGGACGGCCAGUGUGUUUCCGGAAGGUACAGGUGCAACGGCAGCAACGACUGCCGCGACGGCUCCGACGAGGAGGAUUGCUACCGGCUCAACAUGGUGGCCCUGCCGGUCAACGCAUCAGGCACGGCCCGCGUGCAGUUCGCGAAGGUGCACGGCAUCAUCUUGGUGCAUCUGUGUGGCGGCCAGAGGUGCAGCAGUGUGUGGCUGUUUGGCGAGAGGGACAACGGCACGCUGGCCUACAGGACGUUCACGGGCUGCAACGCACUCGGCUGGAGGGGCAACGGCGUCAAGGACCACUGGUCAGGCAGCGACAAGGACUUCGCCCCCGGCGAGGUGGUGCUGGAGGUGCAGCACCGGCCCGGGCAGCUCGCCGUGUGGCGGCAGGACCGGCCGGACGACGUGGUGGAGGUCCCCGUGGGGGCGGACUACGGCAUGCUCAGGGUCAGGCCUGCCUACUGGGUCGCAGAUAUGCCGGUGCAAUUUACCAUUGCUGCGACAAAAGCUGGGACAACCAAGUGAAACGGAGAAAGUCACCCGGCAGCGACACGACCUUACAAGAACUGCAGAGCUGUAUGUUGCCGCUAUGCUUUUAGUCCAAUAAACACAAGCAAUCUUGGGUGUCAUGUUUGUUGUUAUUUUUUUUAAUAUUUUUUCUUUUUUUUUGUUUGGGGGGGGGGAGGAUUCCGAAAGAUUUCCUAUUGGUUUCAGUCUAACAUUUGGUUUCUUUUCAUUCCACUCCAAAUUGAAGACCGCUUCUUGCAUUUAAACAAAUGAUCAUUCCAAUUGCUUAUAGAAAUUUAAAGUGCAAACUCUCCGUAAGAAAAAUUAAAACACAAAUUUGCGACAGUCAGUUUGUGCUAUCGAAAAAUGGUUAAUGGGUUAAUUAAAAAAUGUACCCUUUCUUUUAACAAAGCCUCUAGGUCCAUCAAAUUGACAAAAACUUGUGUCCUAUACACUCUCAUCCCAGGAACGCGACAUCACGUUGAGCGGUUCCGGCUUUGGAGAGGCCGGAACCGCACCCCUAGUUUUAGUGCAGAAGCCCCAAAGGGCUCCCUCGAACCUAACUUAGAACUCUAGUAGUAGCAACCAAAUUUAAGAAAUACCUAGACCUAGCAAAUAUGGGGAAAGCCGCAAGGCAACGCCAACCAAAAAUGUAAAAUGUAAUGUAAC